AUGAACCUGACGUUGAGUCUAGCCAUCAAUGGCGGCACUGGCACGACCAAGAAGCGCAAGCUACUGCGGGACAGCGUCGUCGUCGACGACGUGAUGAGCUGCGAUGGCGGAGACCACCACAGCAGGGUCGUGAGGCUUCUACAGGCCAGUGAACGGAUGAUGGCCAAGCUGGAGGUCGACGAUCCGAGGGUAGCAGCAGCAGCUCCCGAUGACGGUGGCGGCGGCCUGCGGCUCAUGCAUUUGCUUCUCUCGUCGGUGGCCGCGGCGGAGUCCGGCGACGCGCACGCGGUCGCCGCGGCCCUGCACGAGGUCUACCGGCGCGCGUCGUUCCGCGGCGGCGACCCCGAGCAGCGCGUCGCGGCCUACUUCGCGGACGCGCUGACGUCGUCGAGGCUCGUCCGGUCGUCGUGGUCGUCGCCUGCGGCGGCCGCGGCCGCGCCGCCGACGCGCGCCGAGCGGUUCCUGGCGUACACCAUGUUCUACCAGGCGUCCCCGAUCUACCAGCUGGCGCACUUCACGGCGAACCAGGCGAUCGUGGAGGCGUUCGAGAGCGGCGGCCGCCGGCGUCUCCACGUCGUCGACUUCGACGUGUCGUACGGUUUCCAGUGGCCCUCCCUGAUCCAGUCCCUGUCGCACGCCGCCGCGAGCACGAGCCCGACCACGAGCAGCAGCUCACACGACUGCGAUGGCGACGGGGACUGCGCCGAGCCUGUUUCCCUGCGAAUCACCGGCUUCGGCAAGAACCCCGACGAGCUGAGGCAAACGGAGGCGCGGCUGGCGCGGUUCGCGAGCGGGUGCCCCAACCUAAGGUUCGAGUUCGAGGGCAUCGUGGACGAUGAUGGUCCAGACAGUGGCCGCCGCCAUGAACGCAUCAAGGUCGACGACGACGCGACCGUGGUCGUCAACCUGGUGUUCCCGGCAGCAGCAGCACAGAGCUCGACGACAAGCAGUGCAAGAGAAGAAGCGUGCACCGCGUUGGCUCGCAUCCGCUCCCUGAAUCCUUCCCUGGUGUUCUUGGUAGAGAAAGAUGGAGGCGGUGGCGGCGGCGGCAAUGCCACGUCGAGAGGACGCCGCUCAAGCGUGCUCCCGCCGUUCACGGCCAGCCUGCGGUACUUCGCCGCGGUGUUCGACUCGCUGCACGAGUGCCUCCCCGCCGACAGCGCCGAGAGGCUCGCCAUCGAGAGGAACCACCUGGGCACGGAGAUCAGCGACGCCAUGGCAUCUUUAGCAGACUACAACAACAACUAUGGCGGCGGCGAUGACGAUCACAUGGCAGAGCCUACCACUACCAGUUGGAAGCAGAUGAUGGAGCGCGCGGGGUUCGAGCGCGUGGAGCUGAGCUCACGAACGGUGAGCCAGGCGAAGCUGCUGCUGAAGAUGAAGAGCGGCGGGUGCGGCGGCGGCGGCGGGUUCCGGGUCAUGGAGGGCGAAGGUGGCAGGGCCAUGUCGCUGGCGUGGAGAGAUCGAGCGCAGCUGAUCACCGCGACCGGGUGGCGGCGCCGGCCCCGAUCGAUCAACAAGCAGGCGUUCAGCUAG